ACUGGUCCUUCCCCUGAGAUUUUCCCAGCGUCCCCGGUAGUAAACAUGGCGGCACAGUUCAACAUCGGUGACAUCGUUUGGGCCAAGCUGAGCAGUUUCCCGCCGUGGCCGAGUAAGAUUGUCCGUCCCAAGAAGGACGUCAAGAAGCCGAAAGGGAAGAAGCCGGUGUACUUCGUCUUCUUCUAUGGCACGGAAGAUCAUGCCUGGGUGAAGGCUGAGAACCUGAAGCCCUUUGAGGAGUACAAGGACCAGAUGAUCAAGUCCAACAAGGGGAAACGGUUCCACCAGGCUGUGGAAGCUGUGGAGAAGGUGCUCAGGAAAGGGGGCGGGGCCAAGACCAAGAAGCGAGGCCGGCCACCCAAGCACGCUGCAGCAUCCAAGCCUGGGGCUUACCGGGACACAGAUGACAUUGACCAUGAGGAGGUUGUGCCGAGUUCCAAGCCUGUGCAGAAAACCUACUCCAGAGAACCGCUUCUCGGCAAAACUGUGAGUCCCUCCACAUCCAUCGGACUGAAGAGGCCACCAGAGAGUCUUGGUGCGGAGGCCUCCAUCAUCUUAAAGAGACCCAGGGAAGACAACGAGAGCGACCUGUACAACUUUGACGAAUCAGAGCACGAGACGGAGUCAGACAUUGUGACCUCUAAGGAUGACAUCACGCCCACAUGUUUGAAGAUUGGGUUCCUAGGCCUGGGCAUCAUGGGUUCUGGCAUGGUGAGAAACCUGAUAAAGACUGGCCACAGUGUGAUGGUGUGGAACAGGACUCCUAUGAAGUGCCGAGACUUUGUUCAGGCGGGAGCGAGUAUCGGCGGCACGGUGACCGAGGUGGUGGCAGCGUGUGACAUCACGUUUGGCUGUGUGUCCGACCCCAACGCUGUCAGAGAUGUGAGUACUGUCUGUCAAUCAAUCAACCUUAACGCUGUCAGAGAUGUAUAA